GGUUUAUUAGGCACAGGGCUGUUUAUAGAAAGCAUGAGACUACUUCAAAAAAGUGGGAGAACGAUACAUCCUUGUGUUUGAUUUUUCUUCUCUCAGCCGUGAUGAAGAGCUUCAGUAUGCUGAGGUCCGAUUUAGGCAAACUGCUUUAGAAAAGCCAUCAGACGAUGGGGUGCAUGUGAUGAUGGAUGUUUUUCAUGAAGACUCAACAUGCCAAAAGCUUCAUGAGUUAUGCAAAAACAAUCUCCAUUUGGGUUUAUUUAAAAGUUCUUCUCAAUCCAGAGGUUCUGAAAGUUGGGUAGUGUUAGAAGCUACAGAGAUAGUCCAAAAGUGGUUUGACAAGAUUGACACAGUUGGUGCUCCUGUUCAUUGGAAACUUAGAGAAAGGCUGUUAGAAGAGAAUGUCAAAAGGAGAUACAAGGACAAAACAGAACAGCAGCUACUCAUGUUUGUAUAUUCCAAUUCUUCCAAAAAGGAGAGGUCCUCAGUGACUGCUACGCUUCUGCUAGAUGCAACACAAUCCAAAUUCCUUACACCAGUGCCGGUCUUCAAAAACAAUACUGUAUCACAAAGACGUAAAAGAAGAAGCCACAUGAUCAGAGAACGCGUUCAGGGCAUAAAGCAAGCCUCACAUGCUGACAAUAUGAGCAAUCUUUGUAGAAGAGUGGACUUCAUUGUGGAUUUCCGGAUGAUCGGUUGGGCUACCUGGAUCAUUCAUCCAAAAAAAUACAAUGCUUAUCGGUGUGAAGGCACCUGUCCAAGUCCAGUGAACGAGAGUGUCAAACCAAACAAUCAUUCAUACCUUCAGAGCUUAGUAAACUUGUAUGAUAAACAAAAAGCUCCAGAAGUGUGCUGCGUUCCCAUCAAGAUGAGCUCUCUCAGUAUGGCAUACUAUGACCAUAUGGAUGUCACUUUCCAAAAGCAUGAAGCCAUGAUUGUAGAAGAGUGUGGAUGCCAGUGAUGCCUGGGGCACAGAAAGUCCCCUAUUCCAACAUAAUACUUGUGGCUUACUUACUCCUCACCGGACGGUCAACAUAAAAAUGGAGCCUGAAGGCAUAUUGCUCAUUGGAGACAGAUCAAACUUAUGCACAUCAUUCAUCUUUAGAAGAUUCUGUUGAAUGUCAUACUCUAGGCACCCCACAGUAUUACACCGGGAGAUUCAAUUCUCCACUAUAGCCAUAGAGGUGCGGAGGACAAUUAUAGAGGUUUGGCUUUCAUCAUUUACAGUGUUGUGCGCUGCUGAACACUGCAGCAGCACAACGUCAAUCAUUGAAUUUUCCAAUAAGAAUAACAGAA